AUGUUAAUAUCAGAGGAGUUUACUAUACAAGCAAUUAAAUUUGUACAUUCAUUACUGGUAUCUAUACCUCAAUAUGCUUUAGGUUCCUUAUCUGCUAUAGCGAUCUUAGGGGCCACGCCAAACGAUGCGGUCAUUAUGAGCGCAUAUUGGCUGGAAUUUAAUCGCUUUGUUGAAGAUAAUGAUAAUAGAGCGAUAUAUAAUGAUGGUGGUGUUACAAUACUCAACUAUAGGCUUUUUGGAUGGGAUGCUAAACGAAUGGAUCUCACCACGGAACAGAAAGAACUUAUGAAAGGGUGUGUAGCUGAGGCAUCAAUAUUAGAUCGCCUCAGCUAUAUGGUAUCCAUUUACUACUUAAUAGUGGGGAUACUUGCGGGAAUAGUCAGGGCAAUCGGACCAUGUAUCAAAGAGGAAUGGCCAUAUAUACCACUAAUAUUGGCUUGGACUUUGCCGGCUGUUUUUAGGAGAGCUAUAGGAGGAAUAGUGGUGGUCCACAAUCCGAAUAAGAGGAUUUCUGGGCUAAUAAUAAUAAGCAAUUCUCCAAAGGAUAAAAGACUUAACGUUAUUGAGACUGGUUUAUUCUCAAUUGCAGUUCCAUGGCUAGCAGUAAUUUUGGCUUAUUUCACUACUCCAGUUGGAUAUAGAUGCCGGAGUAGAUUUUUAACCGUGUUGUGUGUGGUAUGGACAUUUAAUAAUUUAGUGUCACUAUUUUUCAAUAUAAUGAGAAUACGUGGCAAAAAUAUCCGGACCUUUGUUAAUUUUUACUUUUGUAUUUCUGGUGCAUUUGUAGCAUUUAUGCUACUUUCGCUGGUUAUACUUAGUAAUUCAAGGCCAUUAUGGGUGAAAGUUUUUGGAGACUUUUGUGCUGACCCAACAAUACCUUGUUUGAGCAUGUCAGAUAUUGUAAACCAGAAUUAA